UAUCAUGUCUGGAGAGAGGUGGUGUACGGUGUAAAUAUUGGUGAGGCGGUAAGGUAUUACUAAGUAAAAGUAUUAGUACUAUUAACUAUUAGUAAGUCGGUAAUAGUCCUGACAUCUUUAUUAUUUGGUCGGAUUUGUUUAAAAAGUUUGACGACAGUCUACUAAUUAAAAAUAAUGUGUGUGUUUUUUGUUAUUUUUAUUUUGUGUUUCUACUUUUUCCACAACGCAUAUUAAAUGAUUUUGCUUUUUUUCAAUUCCCCCCUCCCCCAAUUGUUUGCUUUAAUUUAUCUCACUUUAAAAGUUGUUAGUAGUGUAUAUAGUAAAAUAGGUAUUAGUACAUCUUGAGGUGAGAGAAUAGAAAAAACAAGAGUAGAUAACACCAUUAUUUGUGUUUACGUAGUAGCAGUAUUCAGUAUACAAGAUAUAAUAACAAUAACAGGCUUCUUGAGCUAUUCACAGUUUAUCAUCGUAUGCAUAGACUUUCACUUUAAUUUUAAUUAACUUAAUGUUUUGUUACAUUUUCUAACCUACAUCUUAAACGCAUGCCUAUGAUCUUCUCUUUCCUUUGCACUAAAUUUGCAUUCAACUGAACUGUCUACUCUACAGUUACAGUCUACAGUGACAGUACAGUUUGAGUUUGACAGGAAGCAAUGGCAAUAAUUAUAAUAAUGUCGCCGAAUUUUGAAUGGCAUGAUUAUGAUGAUGAUGAUGAUGACCAGAUCAUGACAUUGUCUAUCUAUGCCUUUGAAUGCCUAUUAAUAUUACUAUUAGUAUUUAUUAGUAUUAGUAAAUGUAAUAAGUAUUAGCACUUAUAUUUAUAAUUAUAUAAAAUAAAUACUUGACUUAUUUAGGGUUCGAAGUGGCGUACGAGAGUUAUACGCAGUCGGCAAGUCAUGUGAGGUCUAUAUACUUCCUCUGUUACAGUAUCGUUCAUUAAAGGUACCUCGUUAUCAAGAUGACUAGGUGGUCGAAUGGUUUAAAUUGAGCAAACCUGAAGUUGGUGGUUUGGAGUUCAAUUCCAGCCAACGGCUAGUCAAGACUCAAUGAUACGUGUGCUUUGUUAUGUUUGUUCUCGAGAAUGAAUCAACAGCUCGGUUAAUUAAGUCACUUUUGUUUUGGCUAAAAAUUGUUAAAACAUGAUUAGAAUUAUAAUCAGGGGUGGAGAGUAGCUGAAAAAAAUAGCCGAAGGGGCAGGGGUUUCUGUAGAGGGGGCACUGUAAGUAAUACUUUCACACAGUUAUAGUUUUGCAUGGAAGCUGAAAACUGUUACAUUUAGGUCACCCACCCCCCCCAAAAAAAAAAUAAAAAAUAAAUUAUAUGAGUUGUUAAAAAUAAAUAGAACGUAUUUCCUGAAUUAGUCAGUGAAACCAACCACAUAGUCAUAGCAACAUAUAAAAACCUAAUCAAUCAGAGUACAGAACUCGACUUAAACCAAGGAAAUGUCUUAAGGCAGUGGUUCUCAACCUUUCCAAUGCCGCAACCCUUUAAUAUAGUUCCUUACGUUGUGGCGACCCCCAAACACACAAUUAUUUUCGUUGCUGCUUGGUAACUUUUGAGCGUGUGUGUUUUCCGAUGGUCUUAGGCGACCCCUGGGAAAUGGUCAUUCGACCACCAAAGGGGUCGCGACCCACAGGUUGAGAACCGCUGCCUUAAGGCAUAAUCAUCUUCUUAGUUUUAGACUCUAAGAAAUUUAUAACUUUGACUUAGACUUAUAAUUAUAAUUUAUAAGAUACAAGCAAUAAUACUAAUAAUAGCACUAAUACUAUUACUAUUAUUCAAAAUUAAUUAAAAUUAAUUCAAUUAAAAUGUUACGUCUUACGUUGAACACAUCAGAGUUCUAGUUCAAAACAACCCAUUAUGCGGCUCAUUACGCAUAAUACUUUUUUUGAAAUUGCCAAACUAGCGGUAAUAAACCUUAUUUGGCUAAAUUCCCAGUCGACUGCGUAUAACCCUGAGAGUUAUACGCAGUCGGCUGGGAAUAACUUUCAGGGUUAUGCGCAGUCGACUGCGUAUAACUCUCAGGGUUAUGCGCAGCCGACUGCGUAUAACACUUCCCUUUAGGGUUUUAGGAUACUAAUUGUUACAUUUUGAAUUUUAAUAUUGGAUUAAAAUAAAUUCAAUAACUUAAAUGACUUAGAUUAUGAGACUAUGAGUUUGCACUCAUUAACUAUUAUUAGUACCUUACUAACUUAGGUAGGAGCUUGGGCAUGAUAUUACUACUUAUACUAGUUUAGUUUAGUUUAGUCUGAGUUUAGUGAAUACACUAUUUCAUUUCAGCAGGUAAAUAAUGCACAAGUCUGUAUGGAUGAUAACAGAAGAGUGGUGGAAGGAGCUGAAACUAAAAGUAAACCAUGCUGUAGUCUACAUGGACAAUCAAAUGGCAGAAUUCCUUCACUGGAGUGGGGGAAUCGGAAUACUUUUAUCAGCUGGUGUUGUUGACAUCAGGGAAUUUUCUUCUUUUGAGGUCAGUUUUAAUAAACUUCAUACCUUGAAGGCUGGAGUUAUAGUGUGUAUAUUAUUAUGAUAAUAUUUAUAUUGUAGGCCUAGUAACAGUAACAUUUCUAUAUUUAUAGUCUUCAUCAAAUAAGACUAGGUACAAAAACCUAAUAUUAAUACAUCUAAUGUAAACAAAUUUAAUAUUUUGCUUCUAUAACAUACCUACUGAACCUCUUAUUAUAUGUAGAAAUAUACCCUUAAUACCACUGCCAUUUAUUUAAAAUGUUGUUUUUUUUAAUUAGGCCUACUACUUCAUCAUUAAUCCACUUGUUUUGUUGUUAUUUUUUUUAAGAUGAAAUUUUGAAAACAAAAAAUUGUAGAUUUUUUAAAAUAUAAUAUUAAGAAUUGAGAUAUGAAAUCGAAUAUCCUAUGGGGCUUAACUUCUUAAGAAUUCUUCUGGGGUUUCACUGUGACCUUCAAAUUUUUUUUUUUUAAAGUAUCAACCUGUUCUCUAAGUCAGUUUGCAGAAUACUGCAUUGUUAAACUAUUAGUGUUAGUGUCCAACGUGACAUAUUCCUAACAACUGCUAAGCCAUCUUAUUAAAAAUGCUGAAUUGGGUAAAAAUAUGCAGGAUCACUCUGCCAUAUUUAAAACUUGUAAACUUUAAAUUGAGAGAUGUGUACUGAAGAAGUUUAUGUUAGUACAGUUUGAUUCAAAUCUAAUCAUUAACCUUACCAAAGUAUGAUGGCAGUGUUUAUAAAACAGUUCUUUUAAUCUCUUUGCAUUUUCUUUUAACUGAAAAAAAACAACAGAGUGCUUCAGAAUCAAUAAAAAAAUCGGUCUUUAUAAUCAGCUCACCGCUGACUGGUGUCACGGAGGAUAUAAUUAGAGACAUUGUCACGCAAAGUCAAUUCCAGUAUGUUAUAAUCUUAACAACAGCCAGCCCACUGCUACACCCGGGCAACGAAGAUUCUAGUGGUGAUGAUGCAGUUUUUGAAGCAUUUGAGGAGAAAGUUUUGGAGUGGAUGAGAAAUAUGGUAAAAAAAAAUAUUUUAUGUUAAAGGAGUUUUGAAAUCUAAAGAGAAGAGCCCUUCUUUGUUUGAUCAGUAUCACAAAUUAACUCGGCAACCUUUGAACCUGGAAGAAAGGUUUUGAGUCAUCCAUUCUAAUUGUUUUUAUCUAAAUUUACAUCACAAAAAAAGUUUAUAUAUUUAUUUAAAAUGAUUUAACCCAAGCUCAUCUAGGUGUUAUAUGUUUACAGAACUAUACAGUUGAGAUAUCCCAUAUGCCCAUGUUUGGUGCCGAGGUCUGCCCAGGAUUGUUCAUCGCACCAGCCUUCUCCACCCUAUUUCCUAUCCUGACGUCAGAUGUCAAGCAAAUUGCUUAUCAGUUCAAAAGUUCUCACAACACCAAGGUACGCCCGACUAAAUCUCUCAUUAUUUUCUUUAAACUCACUAGUAGUGGUUUCAGGGUAAUGUUUGGGGACAUUCUCCACUGCUCCUACAUCUGCCCCUCCUCAAGGGGACUUUUUCAGUUUGCAUGCACUUUAGAGCAACAUUAUCCGGAAUCCUUUCUAUCCUGGUUCUGCCACUGGAUAUUUCAUUUUCACUUAAAUGUUUUAAGACAUCGUAGAAAAUAAAAUUUAAAGCAUAGCCUUAUUUUUAUUAGCCAUAUUUUAAUGUCACUCACAGUUGCCCUUGGGCUAAGAAUGACAAAAUGACUCUUAUGGUUUUCAUUGUCACGAUUACUACAGUACUCUAGUUUAGAGGCGCCGCUAGAAUAUUAACUCAAGUUCUUUACAUCAUUCGCCUCAUGGUAUAAAUUAUGUUAAUAGUUAUUGUUUAAUAUAUAAUAUAUUAAAUGAAUCACAAUUUUUUUUUUACAAGACUGAGUUCCUGCAUUUGUUAAAAUUGAAAACUAAUUUGAAAAUGAAUUUUUUUUUACUUUAAUAAUGUGCAGAAUCCCUGUCUACUUAAACCCCCAAGAAAAUUUUAACAACUCAUUUGCUGCUGAAAUGAUAAGAAUGUUUAUGCAUUCCUCCAUAAGGACCCCAAGCCUAUUGAAGGACUAAAGGAUCUUGAAUUGUCUCAUCUACCAGAUAACUUGCAGCUACAGAUAAAGGUUCUUUUCAAAAUGUCUUUUUUUUUUUUUUUAAUUUUUUUAUUACUUCAUUUUUUUAAUUUUGUAAAUUAAUAGUUAAUGGUAAUAUAAAAUUGUUUUAAUUUAUUUUUAUUUCAACAUUGUUUAAAUUUUUUUUUAUCUUUAAAACUUUUUUAUAUUAAUUAGUUAGUUGUAUUUACUUGCAGCUACAGAUAAAGGUUCUUUUCAAAAUGUCUUUUUUUUUUUUUUUAAUUUUUUUAUUACUUCAUUUUUUUAAUUUUGUAAAUUAAUAGGUAAUGGUAAUAUAAAAUUGUUUUAAUUUAUUUCUAAUUCAACAUUGUUUAAAUUUAUUUUUAUCCUUCAAACUUUCUUAAACUAAUUAGUCAGUUGUAUUAGGAUUUAUUGUUCUUCCAACAUUAUUUAGACAGGGAAAAUAAACUUUGUGUGUAACUAAGAUGGAAGAAGCCAUUAUUAUAAAAUCACAUACACGUCUGGUGAAUUACUUUGGCUCUUUUGGAAAGUAACAUAAUAAAAUAAUCUCCAAAAUUAUGUCCCUUGAAAUAAAUCUAACCAUUCAACUUCCAAGCAUUUAUAACUUUGUACGGCAGGCUAAUUGGUGUCUGAAUGGGGCAGUAACUCUGAAUUUAGAAGUUGUUUUGGUGGUAAUACAUGUGCAAAAAAUUACCUAGGUUGCAGAAAAUAAUUUCCAUCACUUUGACAAGUCAUUUCUACUUGUGCUCAGGUUCUACAAGUGGUAAUUUUUUUUAUUGAGUUUCUAAUAACAAUCACUGACAUUUGAAUUAUGCCAAUGAUUUUACUUAAUAUUUUCUUUAAAAAAAUUAAUUUAUAGUAAAUUGCUCUUUUUCUUUUUUUUCUCAAGCUAUUGGCCAGCGGCCUGCAUGCAUUGCUACAAGGCCUGGACGUGAAAGAAGAUAUAUAUUCUAUCGGCCACACUAGUCGACUAGUUGCAGCAGAACUGGACUCCUACCCUCCAGCACGAAUGCGUAGGAAGGUAUUGGGCAGUUUUAAUUUUUUAAUAUUUAAUUAGGAAAUAAUGUAUUUGUUUUGUGUUUUUCUUAUAAAGAGCCCUCCAUCUUUUUUUUUUAUAUACAGGUUUAUGGCAGUCUUGUGAAAUAAAUAUUGUUGUUUACCUUGGUAAAUUAAUUUCUCACUCAUGGCUGUCGGGCUUUCAAAACAAUGUCACACGCUCAAUUUUUCCUAUCAUGCUCCCUGGCUGAACGAAACUCCUUCCACUUGUUUCUGAUGCCAACAUUUUAAUUCAACUGAUUUAUUCCCUAAGUAAAUGACAACUUCUUUGGAUUGAGUGAAUCUAGAUAAAUAUAAUUUGGUUAAAAACAGAUGUUGUCAUGUCUUGGGUUGUUUUUUUUUGUAUAUCUUGCUAUUAGUAAUCUAAAUUUUUGAAGUAGUUUAUUGGGUUUUUUUAUUUCACAGGCUGUACAAAAUAGAGCGUCGCUAGUUCUAAUUGACAGAACACUGGACACAGCAUCAGCUGUCACUCACCAAAUGGACAGUCUCAUGGACAAAAUCAUCAACACUUUGCCACCCUUACCAGGACAUUCAAGUGACAGAUUAGUUGACAUGCAAGCUUUGUGUCAUGUCAUCAGGUCUGUCAAUCUACCACUGCUUUGUUUUGUUGUAUCAGAUUUUGCGGGCUAAGACAGUGGGUUGUGUCAUUUUCUGCUAAGUUACUGAGUUUUUUGUGUCAUUAUUUUCUAGCUAAGUUACCCAGUACCGAGUUUUUUUUGUGUCAUUAUUUUCUAACUAAUUUACUGAGUUUUUUUGGGUCAUUAUUUUCUAGCUUAUUUACUGAGGUUUUUUUUUUGCGUCAUUAUUUUCUAGCUAAGUUACCGAGUUUUUUUGGGUCAUUAUUUUCUAGCUAAGUUACCGAGUUUUUUUGUGUCAUUAUUUUCUAGCUAAGUCAGUGAGUUUUUGGGUCAUAAUUUUUAGCCAAUUCAGCUUUAUGCAGGGUGGGGGGGUGUUUAAGUAAUGAAAAUAAAAAAAAUAACAUCAAUGCUGUAAAUUAACCCACAAACUGUGGCAUGCAUUAUUCUGUAGUGUGGAGCUUUUCAGAGCGUUUUGAGUGCCUUUUGAAAUUGCAUUAAAUGACAUAGAAAUAUUGAUACAAGACCCCAAUAAGUAUAUAUUUUUAGAAAGGUAAAUGGAUGGGGAUAAAGUUGACUAUAUUGCCCACCCCGUAAAAAAAAUGUGUUCAGUGUCCUUGACCUUGGAGUUCUCAAGAAAAAAAAAUCGACAAAAUGUCUUGCUUUCAAGUGCUCAUAACAUCAUUAAUUUUUAUAGAUACACUUAAAACACAAAUCUAAAUGUUGCAUCCAAUUCAUUUAUCUUUCAGAAAAUGUAUAGUUUGCUAAGGUUUUGAUUGCAAUUAAACCUCUGAAAGCAAUUUAAUUAAUUUUAGGUCAGUUAUAUAAGAAACUGGGACCACUGCUAAAACCAAGUACAAAAUACGAAAUGUCAGGCAAAAUAGUUAUUAUUGACUAGUAAACAUUUUAAAAGGAACUAAGGAACUGAUUUGGGUUGUUUAGCUAUAAAAUUUAUAAGUUCUGAACUAUAAUCUGUAGCUUCUGUGACUAAAAUUCAUUCAGUCCUUGCCCAACCUCCGGGCCUGGCUCGAAGUCUAACAGUAGCCUCAGUAGGUCUACGGCAGUAUCACUAAGACUAGUAUAAAAUUCAUGAGAAGAAUAAUCUCAACUGAAAUCGUCAUGGGGAAUUUUAAAAUCAUCAUCAGUAUCACUUAAAACCUCUCCUAAAAGCUUUCAAACAUAGUUCUAUUAGUUCUUGCACUGAAGGCCCAGCCAUGGCUUCAACCAUUUUAGCUUUAAAAAAACAGCAAUAUAAAACUCUGAUUAAAAAGUAGUUAUUUUCAAGUUAUCACGAAACAGCUUGAACCGGAAGAUGAUUUAAUUAUUAAUAAAAGGAAGUGGCUAUAAUUCCGGUUAAAUAAUGGAUUGGAAGUUGCUAUCGGACUGUGUUUUUUAUCGCCAAUUUUUACAGAUCGAGAAAGUCUGCCGAUUUUUUUGGCCGACACAGUUUGCAGGUUAAAUUAAGUUAAUUCCAAAGAAAUUUUCAAUUUAAUAAAAAAAAAAAAGUAAAAUAUUUAUUGGUUAUUGUGUACUUUUAUUUGUUGUCUUUUUAAGUUGUCAUCAUUUCUGUUUCAUUGUUCAGAAGUGACUCUCUCACAUCAGUAAUCCUGCCUGGAAGUUUAGCCUCGACAAAUUUCACCUGUGAACCUUCUCACCUUUUACCUUUGAUCCACAAGAAACAGAAGGUUGUUUGUUUAUUAUACAGUUGUUUAUUUUAUAGUUGUUUAUUUAUAGUUGUUUUAUUUACAAUACAUACAGGUCUUUUGAAAUUUUUAGUUGCCUCAGUUCAAUAUUUAUUGUCGAGGUUACCUUUCCUCUUUCUCUCUAUCUUUGGAGUCAUUGAUAUUUGCUAUAUUGCUUCUACAGCUGUGGAAGGCAUUUCUGUGGAUGUCUUUACUGUUACAACACCUCUUUAUUCCCUCGUCAUUUAUUCCUUAAGUUCACAGUAGGAAUUUUCCAACGUCCCCAUUUCAGUGACUCAUUUGUUUAGCCUCAUCGCGUCCUCUUUCACGUUCCAGGAAGCAAUAAUGGAGGUCAAUCGCAGAUUAGUAGAAACCGCCUCGGCUGAAAAACUGCCCCUGAAUCUGACGGGUAGACCUGGGAGAAUAACGGCUGACCAGAUCGAGGCUAGUGUCAGUUUGUUCAAGUAAGUUUGAGAUUGCCAAUUUGUAUAAAGUCACUCUUACAUGAGAGCACCAACUGAUGCUGUUUUCUAAAAUGUUCAUGUUUUUUGUUUUAUUUAGCAACAUGUGCAUACACUAAAAAUGAUACCUAUAGGUAUAUAUAUAUAUAUUUAAAAUGAAAUACGAAUUAAGCAAAAUAAAAUAAUAUUGCAAAUAAAAACAGACUGGUGUGGGUACGUAUAUUCCUUCUAUCAUUCAUGCAAAUUUACUUAAGAUUUAAUCAGAUCUUUAGAAAAACCUUGUGCUUAUCUUGGCAUGAAUAAUGUCAGGGCAUACAAGAUAUCAGGGGCAAGAAUGUCAGUUUUUUUUCCAACUUCUAGUAAGUCAUUUUUAACCGUAAAUAUUGUAGAGUGAUAUUUCAAAACACAGCUUGCAAGAUAUUUUCACAGAACAAAAUUUGAUGGAUCUGUUUGGAAAAAAUCUUCUUUUUAUUUUUUUUUUAAUUUUAACCACCUAGCAAGAAAGUCAUAGAAAUGCUGCAUUUAUUAAGUUGACUCCAUGGUUAUGAUUAAAUGAAAGGUUUGAGAUUAUACAAUUUUGUUCUUGGUUUCACUUCUCUUUCCUUCCACCAGAGGUAAAUACCCUCUGGUCAAGAAGCACCUUGAUUUGCUGCAGGUUGCCAUGGCAACCAGCCAAGCCCUGAAGCACCCUGCAGGACAGGACAGUUGUGUGAUCACAGAGAAAAAUGUGGUCCAGACCAUGGCUGAAAAUGAUGAGUCUGCUCCUAGUGGGAUCUCAGUACUCUCAAAACUGAUCUUACAAGAAAUGCAGAAACCAACUGACAAGCGGUAAAAACAAUUGUUCUGUAAUUACUGUAAUGCUGUGUGUAAUUUAGUGUGAUGCCAUAUGUGUAAUUUAGUGUGAUGAUGUGUGUGUAAUUUAGUGUGAUGCUGUGUGUUUAAUUUAUUGUGAUGCUGUGUGUGUAAUUUGGUGUGAAACCUUGUGUGAAAUUUAGUGUGAUACCGUGUGUGUAAUUUGGUGCGCUGCUGUGUGUAAUUUGGUGUGAUGCUGUGUGUGUAAUUUGGUGUGAUGCUGUGUGUGUAAUUUGGUGUGAUUCUGUGUGUGUAAUUUGGUUUGAUGCUGUGUGUGUAAUUUGGUGUGAUGCUGUGUGUGUAAUUUGGUGUGAUGAUGUGUGUGUAAUUUGGUGUGAUGAUGUGUGUGUAAUUUGGUGUGAUGCUGUGUGUGUAAUUUGGUGUGAUGAUGUGUGUAAUUUGGUGUGAUGCUGUUUGUGUAAUUUGGCGUGAUGCUGUGUGUGUAAUUUGGUGUGAAGCCGUGUGUGUAAUUUGUUGUUAUGCCAUAUGUGUAAUUUGGUGUGAAGCCAUGUGUGUAAUUUAGUGUGAUACAGUGUGUGUAACUUGGUGUGAUGCUGUGUGAAAAUUGGUGUGAUGAUGUGUGUACUUUGGUGUGAUGUUGUUUGUGUAAUUUGGCGUGAUGCUGUGUUUGUAAUUUGGUGUGAAGCCGUGUGUAAUUUGUUGUUAUGCCAUAUGUGUAAUUUGGUGUGAUGCUGUGUGUGUAAUUUGGUAUGAUGCUGUGUGUGUAAUUUGUGUGAUGCUGUGUGUGUAAUUUGAUGUGAUACUGUGUGUGUAAUUGGCUGUGAAGCUGUGUGUGUAAUUUAGUGUGAUGCUGUGUGUGUAAUUUGGUAUGAUGCUGUGUGUGUAAUUUGGUAUGAUGCUGUGUGUGUAAUUUGGUAUGAUGCUGUGUGUGUAAUUUGGUAUGAUGCUGUGUGUGUAAUUUGGUGUGAUGCUGUGUGUGUAAUUGGCUGUGAUGCUGUGUGUGUAUUUUGGUGUGAUGCUGUGUGUGUAAUUUGGUGUGAUGCUGUGUGUGUAAUUGGCUGUGAUGCUGAUUUCUUUUUGGUUUCCAGAAUUGUUAGAUCUGUAGAGAUACAAAGUUGAUUUGUAAUGUUGAAAAUUUCUUGUGUUUCAAUAAUUUUGAUGGCAAGCAGGAUUUAUCUGUGUUUGUUGUUCUUUGGCUUGUGUACCAAGACUUGACUAGAGAGAUUUGAUGGCAAGCAGGAUUUAUCUGUGUUUGUUGUUCUUUGGCUUGUGUACCAAGACUUGACUAGAGAGAUUUGAUGGCAAGCAGGAUUUAUCUGUGUUUGUUGUUCUUUGGCUUGUGUACCAAGACUUGACUAGAGAGAUUUGAUGGCAAGCAGGAUUUAUCUGUGUUUGUUGUUCUUUGGCUUGUGUACCAAGACUUGACUAGAGAGAUUUGAUGGCAAGCAGGAUUUAUCUGUGUUUGUUGUUCUUUGGCUUGUGUACCAAGACUUGACUAGAGAGAUUUGAUGGCAAGCAGGAUUUAUCUGUGUUUGUUGUUCUUUGGCUUGUGUACCAAGACUUGACUAGAGAGAUUUGAUGGCAAGCAGGAUUUAUCUGUGUUUGUUGUUCUUUGGCUUGUGUACCAAGACUUGACUAGAGAGAUUUGAUGGCAAGCAGGAUUUAUCUGUGUUUGUUNGUUUUACUUUAUUCAGUUUAAAUGGAAAUUUAUUGGUGGGGAGGGGGGGGAUUCUUAGUUAAUUGUGAUAUGUUCUGUAAGAGUAUCAAACACUUGUCAUUACUUGUGUCUACAGAGAUCUUACUCUUGACAAUGGCCUGGGGUUGUUGGUCUAUGUGUAUGCCAUAUCAGAUGGAGAGUGUGGAGAUGAAUACUCAGUAAGAAUAUCUAACACUUGUCAUUACUUGUGUCUACAGAGAUCUUACUCUAGACGACGUCCUGGGGUUGCUGGCCUACGUGUAUGACAUAUCAGACGGAGAGUGCGGAGAUGAAGAUGAGGAGAUGGCAAUCAGGGUAACAUAUAUUUUACCCUCUAUAUUUUAAUUAAUUAAUUCUUUUCUGCUAGUAGUUUUGUUGAUGAGCGCGGGGGGAAAAAAAUAAUCUGAGGUUGUAACAAUUUCCAUUUUUAGAAUUUUAAAUAAUCAGUUAACUAAACAUUUCUUCUGCAAGAAUUUAUUUAAUUUUGACUAAGCAUCAUUUUAAUUUUAACUGUUGGUAUCCUGUGUAAUUCUUUUCAUUGAGGAUGUUUGAUAGAAGAUUUUUUUACAAUCAUUCAAACGUCUGUCAGAUCUAUUUCAUUUAAUUUAUAAUGUUUUAAAACAGCUUUGUUUAUAGUAUUGUUUGUAAUGAGUUGGGGGCAAAUUUCACUCCUUGGUUUCCAUGCAUUUGUUUGCUUCUUCUGUAGGAGUUAUUAGUCGAGUGGAUUAUAAAAGACAGUGAUGUGUUACCUCCCCUGUUUAAGAAAAUAGGUAAUGUCAAUAAAAUGCAUUUUAAUUUUUGUCAUUUUUUUUGUGUUUUCUAUCUAUAGUUCAGCUAAAUGUAAGUUUAUAAAGUUUUAUAAUAAAAUAAAUUGCAUGAAUAGCUUACCUGAUAUAUUCUUCUUAUGUCAGUUAUAUAAAGACUGAAUCUCUCUCCCAGAAAGAGAUUGAUUCUCUCUCUCAGAAUGAGAUCGGCUCUCUCUCUCUCUCAGAAUGAGAUCAGCUCGUUUUUGCCAUAAAUAUGUCAUCACUUCGUGUUAGACAAACCAUUACUUUACUAAGUAUUCAUUCAGUUUUAGUCUUGUGUGGUGAUAAGAAAAUAGUUUCAAUUCCUUGCAAAGGAAAUGAGCAGCUCUACAAUGGCUAUAACUUGGAUCUUAUUCAAUAGAAUGUUUCUAUCAGAAAAAAAAAUUAUUUAGGCUACCUAUUAAGAUUUAAAAAAUUGUUUCCAUUCUUACAGUACCUAAGGAGCUCUAUGGAAAGUCCACAUAUAAUUUAAAAUAUUUCAGAGGUCAACAUAAAAUGCAUUUGGUCAGACAUUUUUUAAAAUAAUAAACACAUAUCAAUUAUAGAAAUCGGAAUUCUAAAACACCAACAAGGCUUAAUUUUGUCAUGAGCCAAUUGUUUGCUCUAAGUAGAUCAGUUAUAAGUUCUCUACUACCAGUAGUAUUCCAGGUGUAAAGCACGAAAAGCCUGUAUUGUAUUCAUCCCUGUGGCCCUAGACUUUGGCCUGGAUUAUGUCCAUCCCUGUGGCACUACAGCUCACGUAGGGCCCUCUGGCUUGUAUUCUAGGAACUUUAAAGAUGAAUCAGGCUAAAAGAUUUGAGACAAAAAUAUUUAACAAAAAUGUUUAUUUCUCUUGUAUUGUUGAUAACCAUUUUUGUAUCUAUUUAUAAGUUGGUGACAAAGUAAAUGAGAGCAUUUUAACUGACCAGAUUGAAAACUUGUGGACAAGACUAGAAGAUAUAGGAUGUGCCAGGGACUCAAUGCAGCAGUUCAAGUAAGUUGUGGUGGUGUGUAGGGCUAUAGAAGAUGUAAGAUAUGACAGGGACUCAAUGCAACAGUUCAAGUAAGUUGUGGUGGUGUAAUGGGCUACAGAAGAUGUAAGAUAUGCCAGGGAUUCAAUGCAACAGUUCAAGUAAGUUGUGGUGGUGUAAUGGGCUACAGAAGAUAUAAGAUAUGACAGGGAUUCAAUGCAACAGUUCAAGUAAGCUACAGAAGAUGUAAGAAGUGCUAGCUACUCAAUUCAGCACUUCACCUAAGCUGUGUGGGAGUUUGAGGUUGGCUGGCCUAAAAUUGUAGCUGUUAAAAAAAAAUUUGGGAAAGGGGGAGAGGUUGUUAUGGGCUAGCUGGACUUAUGAUAGCAGCUGUUGUUGAAACCAGAGACGUCUUUGUACAAGUCAAAGUGCACCAUAAGUCAUAGCACUGCGGGAGCUCCACAUUAAGUUUUAUUAACUGUUGCAUUUUUAUGAAUUAAAAAAAAAAUAUUGUCGUAUUUCAACUAAUAUACAUUUUGUUAUCCCUCCGUGUAAACACAUUUUGUUAUCCCUCCGUGUAAACACAUUUUGUUAUCCCUCCGUGUAAACACAUUUUGUUAUCCCUCCGUGUAAACACAUUUUGUUAUCCCUCCGUGUAAACACAUUUUGUUAUCCCUCCGUGUAAACACAUUUUGUUAUCCCUCCGUGUAAACACAUUUUGUUAUCCCUCCGUGUAAACACAUUUUGUUAUCCCUCCGUGUAAACACAUUUUGUUAUCCCUCCGUGUAAACACAUUUUGUUAUCCCUCCGUGUAAACAUUUAUUUAUAUAUUUAUGUUAAGAUCAGUCCUUAACCCUGGAGACGCUGUCACACCUGCUGAUGUUCGACCUUUGCUGCGACAGCUUGUGGAGAAAAUUGUGGACCCAGCUAAACCUGAACUACCGGAUGUGGAGUGUAAAUCUGGGGGUCUCAAAGACCUGCUCAAGUCAGGAUUUGGGUAAGAAAUGGGCUGUAAAUCUGUAGUGCCUCAAGGACUUGAUCAAGUCUAGAUUUGGAUGAGAAAUUAGUUGUAAAUCUAGGGGGUCUCAAAGACCUGCUCAAUAUAGGAUUAGGGUAAGAAAUGGGUUGUAAAUCUGUGGUGUCUCAAGGACCUGAUGAAGUCUAGAUUUGGGUAAGAAAUUAUUUCUUCUGGUAGUGGUUCUGGUAGUGAUCGUUGCUGCAUCCAUAUACCGGCAUCUGUGUUGUAAAUCUAGGGGGUCUCAAAGACCUGCUCAAUAUAGGAUUUGGGUAAGAAAUUAGUUGUAAAUCUAGGGGGUCUCAAAGACCUGCUCAAUAUAGGAUUUGGGUAAGAAAAUAGUUGUAAAUCUAGGGGGUCUCAAAGACCUGCUCAAUACAGGAUUUGGGUAAGAAAUUAGUUGUAAAUCUAGGUGGUCUCAAAGACCUGCUCAAGUCAGGAUUUGGGUAAGAAAUGGUUUCUCCAUAUUAUGUCACUGAUGCCAUAUCUUAUAUUGUCUGUGCCACAUAUUCGCUGCUAAUAAACCAUAUGUACAUGGCUCUCCCAGAUAUGUGAGAAUGUGUCCAACUAUGAUAUAAUAUUUAAGGGUUAUUCCUGAAACAAUGUUGUCCCUGUUGCAUAGUAGUAAAGUCAUCUUCUGCUUGAGUGAGAGGUUGUAUUUUAUCCGAGGUAUUUCCCAGGGUCAGGAUAACAUUUGCCUAGAAUUGACCUAUUAGUCACAAGUAAGGCAGCCAUUUUGGGAGGUGAACCCUGGAUAAGUAUCAUCAACCAACAAAAUCGGAAGAUGGCAGCAAACUUGGCUUGCGUUUAUUCAUUAGCUGUCUGUGCAAAAAACACCUGUAGUCUACAUGUUAAGGAUCUUAAGGGUCAUCCUAAGGAAUCAUCUGGUACAUGAAACAAAUGCUAUAUUAUUGAAUGAGUUUUUGGCUAAAUAAAAUUGCGUACCUAAUCAUGGGUGAGUGAAAAAGAUAUCAUCAUUUUUUUUAAAGAGAUAUCUGUUCAAAUGAUACGUAAAGUUCAUAAAGUCUUAUCUAGGAUCUGGCACUUGGAUGAAAAUUAAUUUUGAGCCUGAGCUAAUACAAUAUCAUUAUGAUCUGCCUUAAUAAAUAAGGCUCAGCAGUUGAAAUAAGUACACAUUUUAUUGGUGCAAUUAAUUAGGAAAGUACGUAAUAAUAACAUUACUUAACCGGGUACAUCAAAAUAUGGUACAUGUGUGUUAGUGUUAGUAACUGACAGCAUAAAAAAAAAUUUUAAUUGGUAAUGUUUUAACCAAGUUUGUUAAAAGCUUUUGAAGAAAUGGGGUACAUCAAAAUAUGGUACAUAUGUGUUAGUAACUGACAGCAUAAAAAAACAUUUAAUUGGUAAUGUUUUAACCAAGCUUGUUAAAAGCCUUUGAAGAAAUGGGGUACAUCAAAAUAUGGUACAUAUGUGUUAGUAACUGACAGCAUAAAAAAACAUUUAAUUGGAAAUGUUUUAACCAAGCUUGUUAAAAGCCUUUGAAGAAAUGGGGUACAUCAAAAUAUGGUACAUAUGUGUUAGUAACUGACAGCACGAAAUUUUAUUUUUUUUUAAAUUGGUAAUGUUUUAACCAAGAUUGUUUAAAAGCCUUUGAAGAAAUGGCGCUCUAAAAUCAAUUUAAUUUUUCUUUUGGUCAGCUUUUUUAAGAGCUCAGGGAAACCUCGCCCCGGUGAUGCCCCCUUGUUAAUGUUGUUUGUGAUUGGUGGAGUGACAGCCGGAGAAGUCAAACAAAUCAGGGAUGUCGUCGACAAGGCAAAACCCCAGUUUGAGGUACAUGCAACAUGUUUUAUCAUUGGUUCGGACUUUGUUUAUUGAAUGUGAGGACAGAUGUACUUUAUUGACAGAGCUGAGACAACUGUUAAUUCAAUGCUGAGACAACCGUUAAUUCAAUUCAAGAUUAUGACGUUAAAAAGUUGAUUAUUUUAUUAGUUGCAUUUUGAUUUCCUCAUUGUGUCAUUGUAAGUUCAUUUCUAAAAGAACUUCUGAACUACAAAAAUUAGUUUUGAAUUCAUUCUGCAAAAAGUGAGAAAAAAAAACAUAAAAUAUUACAUUUUACUUUAAAAGGUCCAAAAACUCUGCCAAAGUCUACUGUUGGCAAGUGUUACCAAAACUCUGCCAAAGUCUACUGUUGGCAAGUGUUACCAAAACUCUGCCAAAGUCUACUGUUGGCAAGUGUUACCAAAACUCUGCCAAAGUCUACUGUUGGCAAGUGUUACCAAAACUCUGCCAAAGUCUACUGUUGGCAAGUGUUACCAAAACUCUGCCAAAGUCUACUGUUGGCAAGUGUUACCAAAACUCUGCCAAAGUCUACUGUUGGCAAGUGUUACCAAAACUAGAUUAUUAGCUUUUCCAUAUGCCAGAUGUAUUGUUUCCUUAAAGUCAAAAGUUACAAAAUUCAUUUGGUGAUCACGAUUUUGUCUUCUCACCUUCUGGGUGUCCAAUUUAGACACGUAAUGUUUUCAUAGCUUUCCGUCCAUACCAUUCACACCACACUCAGGAGGAGAUAACAGGAUAAUGCAAAUAUUUUAUCAGGAAGUAAAAAAUAAUAUUUUUAAAUCAUGUGAUUUUACGUUUAAGGUCAGAGGUUAGAGUCCAGUGGGGAGAAAAUUGACAAGGAUGAGGAAAUGUCCCCAGUCAGAACAGAUGGAAAAUGUCCCCAGUCAGAACAGAUAUGAAAUGUCCCCAGUCAGAACAGAUAUGAAAUGUCCCCAGUCACAACAGAUAUGAGGAAAUGUCCAUAGUCAGAACAGAUAUGAAAUGUCCCCAGUCAGAACAGAUAUGAAAUGUCCCCAGUCAGAACAGAUAUGAAAUGUCCCCAGUCAGAACAGAUAUGAAAUGUCCCCAGUCAGAACAGAUAUGAAAUGUCCCCAGUCAGAACAGAUAUGAAAUGUCCCCAGUCAGAACAGAUAUAAAUGUCCCCAGUCACAACAAAUAUGAAAUCUCCCCAUUCAGAACAGAUAAUACUUAAAACACCAGGAAGCUAAUUUAGUCCUGUUAUUUAAUUUAUAUUCUUUUAAAUUGCCAAGUGGGGUCAUUUGUUGUUAUCAUUUUUUUCCUUCAGAAAUUGUACGUUGGGAAAUGGCAUCAGCGAGCCGUCGAGCUAGUUCAUAAGCUCUUUAUGCCCUCCCCAAAGAACCCCACUCCCCCAGCCCGAGUUUUCGGGUGGUGACGCCUGGACAGCUCCCCUCCGCACUCCCUCGAUCGAGUGCUAGCGGAGGCCACCCUGGCCCAAGGACAUUCGGUCGGCCAGUGAUGCUGAUCUCAAUGUGUCAGCAGUAGACUUUCCCAUGGGGUGGGGAUGAUAUAUUACAUCCUAAAAUAUUCCCCCUCCCAUCCCAGGGAUGCGUAAGACACCCUCUAGGGAUUUCUACAGUGGGUUUCUAUCUUCCAACUAAUUUACAAAGUAGCUGGGACGAAAGGGUUGCCUAAGGAUGGCUACCUCAGUGGCUGUGUAACUAGAAUCACUGGCAACAGGUUACGACUACCCACCUCACACUACCCACCUCACACUACCCACCUCACACUACCCACCUCACACUACCCACCUCACACUACCCACCUCACACUACCCACCUCACACUACCCACCUCACACUACCCACCUCACGCCUUGUGUUCAUCAGCAGCAGCACGUCAUCAUGAUCCUAACCCUGUUCUUUUUCUUCUAAAAUUACCUGUUAUAUGAUCAUCAGGUCUCAGUGGCUGACAUUAAUGGAAGAUUAAGUUUUUAGAAAAUUGGAUACAAUUUCCAAUCCAGGAUAUUUACAAUAUGAUACUUUUCAAGUUAAACCAGACUUUUUAUAUAUUAUUUGCAUACCUGUCUCAUUGUUUUGUACACCUAUACUUUCUAACCAUUGGUUUAAAUUGUAUAAGAUUGUUUACAAACUAUGUUGUUUGUAAAGAGUUGGUAGUGUAAACAUCUUGCCUGAUGGCAUCUCUCACGUUUCGUUUUCUAGAUGGGGGUGUUGUGAAUUUCAUUAAUUUUUCUAUGAAAUGACUUCACAUCUUCAGAAAUUGUAAAUCUGUUCUCCUAGUUCUAAGUUCACUGACAAGUCUUUACAUGAUGCUUAUGUCUCCCACACAGGUCAUCAUCGGCGCCACAAGAUUGUCCAGCAUCAGCUCAACACUGGAGUCAAUCUUUGUUUCAGAUAACAUCAACAAAUAUGAUUUAUGAUCUUGUGAAAAAUUAUGGUUGCAUAUUGUGAUACUUGCUUAAUGAAGUUAUGAAGUAAAUGCUAUUUAUGGUACAGGGGAACUUGAUGUAAGUUUACUCAUGGGGCCAGCAUUGAUGAACUUGCUAAAUUACCCAAGGUGUUUAGGAAUUAUUGCUUAUUUAGGCAUUUAUAUUUCUUCUUAAUUCUCAACAACAUGAUCAUGGCCAUAACAGUUUGAGAGUCAUCAAACAUAAAAGUAAAAUAUUUUUAUUGACAUCUUAAUUGUUUGUCAUCUAUGGCCGCUCACAUCUGACUGCUUGGUUUAAUAUGAAGCUUGAAUUGUGAUGAUAGAAUAUUGUCAAGCAAGUAAUUUAAGAAGUUAUUUUUGUCUCAAGCUAUUUAAAUGUACCUGUUUAAUUAAACUUUUAAAUAUUAAACACAUGCACCAAUCACCA